ACAGCCGCCAAUCUUCCAACCUGACCAAAAUAAAUCGACAAUCCUCUGACCCAAUGUGCAUGUGAUUUGAAGCCUUCACAGCAGCUAGUUCAUCAAAAAUGGAACAGUCAACACAAAACUCGGGGCAGCAGCAGGGCAGACAGCAGCCUGUAUAUGAUACCAGAAACGGAGGGCAUUACGGAGCCAGUGCGGCUCUAUCUGCGCAAGGCUUCGCACCUGUUGCUGAGCUUUAUACAGGCACUUGGGCAAAUGUGAAUCAAGGACUGCAAGGAACGGCUCGUGACAUUUUGACAACAUAUUGGCAACACAUUAUCAACCACCUCGAAACAGAUAAUCACGACUAUAAGAUACAUCAACUACCACUCGCCCGUAUCAAGAAAGUGAUGAAGGCCGAUCCGGAAGUAAAGAUGAUCUCAGCGGAGGCGCCAAUUUUAUUUGCGAAGGGUUGCGAUAUUUUUAUUACCGAGCUUACAAUGCGGGCAUGGAUCCAUGCUGAAGACAACAAACGACGCACACUGCAAAGGUCGGACAUUGCGGCAGCUCUUUCAAAAUCUGACAUGUUUGAUUUUCUUAUCGAUAUAGUACCUCGUGAGGAGGCCACAUCGCAUGCGAAACGUUCAAGUCAGACAGCUGGGCCAGCUACAAGCGCUUCGGGCCCUGCAGGCGCCCAAAAUCAGAUGCCCGCGGCUCAGCACGGUGUUCAACAUGCCUCACACCACAUGCCACCGCCUGACUAUAGUUCGCUAGGUCAGCAUGGACUACAAGAUUCGGAAUAUCGACAGCCGACUAUGUAUGCCGGUGCUGUACAGUCUGACCCUACUGCAGCUUAUGGUCAACAUCAGCCUCAAAUGUUUGAUGGAAUGUAUGCUUACCCGCAUAUGCCACCGCAGCAGUGACAUCGUGACCUACGCUCCUCCUGCCAAAUCCGCCGGUAGUUAUUCUGUUCGGCAUUUUUCAAUUGUUCUGACAUUUAUGUGGAAUCGGAAGGAGUGAUAGGCCUUGUCAAGAAACGCAAUGGUAGAAU